CAUUCUUUGCCUGGGAAACGGCGGAGUUGGCGCUGAUGCGUCCUGGCAUGUGAUCCCGACUUCAGUCAAAUCAGUCGCAUCACUGCUGCAGCCUGCCAUUAAACUUUCCAUGCUGCUGGCCGUCCAAUGGACAGCACUUAGGAGGUUUUCCCGGACCGUACCCGCUCCUGCUCGCUCGUCAGCUGCCCACCGGCUCCCCACCGUCGACUCUCCAGGUUCAGAGAGACUCACGCAACCCGGGGAGCUGGCCUGGGUCUCCUGUGCGCAUGGAGGGAGACGUGAUGGACAAAGUGGAGGCCACGGCAACGGUCUGUGACUUCGACCCAAUGAGUGGGAGCAUUCCGGCCACCAAAGUGGAGAUCACCGUGUCGUGCAGGAAUCUCUUGGACCGAGACACUUUCUCCAAAUCCGACCCAUUGGUUGUGUUGUACACACAGGGCGUGGAGACCAAGCAGUGGAGAGAGUUCGGGAGAACAGAGGUGAUAGACAACACGCUAAACCCGGACUUUGUCAGGAAGUACAUCCUGGACUACUUCUUUGAGGAGAAGCAGAACCUGCGCUUUGACGUGUAUGAUAUUGAUUCUAAAAGUCCAGAUCUGGCAAAGCAUGCAACCGACCUUAACGACUUCCUGGGACAGGUCUACUGUACACUGGGAGAGAUUGUGGGCUCACCGGCCAGUCGCCUGGAGAAACCUCUAGGUGGCAUACCUGGGAAGAAAUGUGGGACCAUCAUCUUGUCCGCUGAGGAGCUGGGAAACUGCAGAGAUUACGCCACCAUGCAAUUCUGUGCCAACAAACUGGAUAAAAAGGACUUCUUUGGAAAGUCAGACCCCUUCAUGGUCUUCUACAGAAGCAACGAGGAUGGCACGUUCACCAUCUGCCACAAGACUGAAGUGGUGAAGAACACGCUGAACCCUGUGUGGCAGCCCUUCUCCAUCCCUGUCAGAGCGCUUUGCAACGGAGACUAUGACAGGACAAUCAAGGUGGAGGUGUAUGACUGGGACAGAGACGGGAGCCACGAUUUCAUCGGUGAAUUCAUCAGCAGCUACAAAGACCUGUGUCGCGGCCAGAGCCAGUUAAAUGUCUACGAGGUGGUGAAUGCCAAGAAGAAAAUAAAGAAAAAGAGAUACAUCAACUCCGGGACGGUGUCCUUGUUGUCAUUCAAUGUGGAGUCAGAGCACACCUUCCUGGAUUACAUCAAAGGAGGGACUCAGAUUCACUUCACAGUGGCCAUUGAUUUCACUGCAUCAAAUGGAAAUCCGUCCCAGUCCACUUCACUGCACUACAUGAACCCGUACCAGAUGAAUGCCUAUGCCAUGGCCCUGAAGGCUGUGGGAGAGAUCAUUCAGGACUACGACAGUGAUAAGAUGUUCCCUGCGCUGGGAUUUGGUGCUAAGCUUCCCCCUGAUGGGAGGGUCUCCCAUGAGUUCCCUCUGAAUGGCAACAUUGACAACCCAUAUUGUAACGGCAUGGAGGGGAUUCUCGAAGCUUACCAUCAAAGCCUUAAGACGGUUCAGCUGUAUGGACCCACCAACUUUGCUCCUGUUGUGAAUCAUGUGGCAAGUUAUGCAGCAGCAGUACAGGACGGAUCUCAGUACUUUGUUCUGCUCAUCAUCACUGAUGGCGUCAUAUCAGACAUGGCUCAGACCAAGGAGGCUAUAGUGAAUGCUGCUAAACUCCCCAUGUCUAUCAUCAUUGUUGGAGUUGGCCAAGCUGAGUUUGAUGCCAUGGUUGAGCUGGAUGGUGACGACAUCAGGAUUUCCUCGCGGGGGAAGUUGGCAGAGAGAGACAUUGUACAGUUUGUCCCAUUCAGAGACUACAUGGACCGCACAGGCAACCAUGUGCUGAGUAUGGCGCGGCUGGCUAAAGACGUAUUGGCCGAGAUCCCUGACCAGCUGAUCUCCUACAUGAAAAGCAGAGGAAUUAAACCUAACCCCGUCCCACCGGCUUACUCGCCCUGCAACGACCCCCAAACCAACCCCGUCUGAACCCCACACCCAGAUCUACGUUGUGGUGGGGCAGGGGCAGGAUUGAUGGGAACCACAACGGCCCUUUGUGAAAAUGGAAACGCAUUCGAGGCCCUUUCGUAAAUAUUAAUCUGGCUAAACAAAAAGAUGAUGAGACUCCAUUUUGUUCUGGAGCAAUAAGACUGCUUUGGGGGAACCUGCUGAUGAUCAGGGAGUUUUUUUUUCUCUCUGAGUUCCUGAGGAUGAGAGCGCUGAGAGGAGCCCGGUGUAAAAGGAAGGUUUUAGUUGUUUGCUGUCAGACCUGUCAAAGUGGUGAUGUAAUGGAUAGCAAGUAAACCCGUAGAGAGAGCCUGUUUGAAGGCAUAAAUAUAAUGGAAUGUGUGUGUAUCAUGUUUAUGAUACCUUUUGGAAUCAAUGUGUAUUAAACUAGGAAAUCAUGUGUAUACUAAUUUAUUUAUUUAUUUAUUGCAGAAAUAAUUUAUUUCUUUGAGUAGGUUUUAAAGGAUGGGGAUUAAAGUCAUAUUUUCCUGUAGUUUUCCAUCUUAUAUUUUGUGACCAGUGUAAUAAAAAAAUUAUAAUUUCUACUUUGAUAAGGACUGUAAUAUAAAAAGCAUGUGAUAAAGUCUAUUCAGCAGUUUAUGAAUCAUUUUGACUGAUGGAUAAUUUUUGCAAGUUGUUAUGUAGAGAACCUGCUGUGAGCUGUUGCCAUACUGAUUUUCCAGCACCAUGUCUUAUACGUAUUUCUAAUAUUUAUAUUAACAGAAUGCACUAAUUACUGUCAAAAUAAAAAGCACAAAGGUUAUAAUAUUAUGCUGAAAACCAUUGUUUUGAAAGAACGAACAGCUACCACAAUGAAAAUAAUGGAAAGGACACCACAUAUGUUUUCAACAUGGCCUUAACAUCCGCCAUCAUUUUAAACAGGAUGACAACAGGAAGAAUGUUAUAAAUAAAGUUAUAUAUUAAAUUUAAAUUUAUCAUAAAAACUGCGUGUUUACAUAAAAAUAGAUGAAUAAUUAAAAGCACAUUCUUGCCCCAUGUUUUUCCAUUAUACUUGUUGUGGUUAGACGUUAUUUGUCAAGGAUUUUGCUCGGUAAUUUUAAAGGACCCUACAAAUAAACUUUUGAAAGACUGACGUCAACUAAUACCCACUUUUCCCCAAAUUGAAAACUUAACAAAUCUAUGAGAUCAAAUCUGAGUAUGAGAUAUUUGGGUUUGGAUUUUCUUUGUUUUUAAUGAUCUAAAGAAAACUACAACAAAACAAAAACAACUUUUUAUGUGUGCAAUGUGUUGACUGCGUUUUGCUCUCCUUCAAAUGAACUGAGCCUAUUAUAUAAGAAAACAUUGGGAUACCUAAGAUACAAUUUCACGUUUUACGAUUUCAUUUUAGCCAGUUGUUGAAAUUUUCACAUUUGUUCCCUGCAUUUUCAUUUAAGUGUCUGUGUACUUAAAAAAAAGUUACAUUCAUUGUGACCCACAUCCUAAGUCCUAAUCUAUUCAUAAUACCCAUUAUUUUCAUUAUUAUCUCUCAGUCACUCAAUAUCUCGUUCCAAAUGUGCCUAUUAUAUAGAAACAUAUCCAAAUUCAGUUACCCAGGUGUACCCGUCAGCAGCAGCAGGUCUCAUGUUAAAGACGUACACACAGAAAAUGUUGGUGAUCAUAAAACUGUUGCAAGAUUAUGACUAUUACAGCUGCAGUGGCUGAUGCACACUCUCUCAACCAGUGUCCUGUACUUUUUAUACUUACAGCUCUUUACUAAUGAUCUUUGAAAUAAUGAAGGGUAACAGUGUCGUUGAGCCUUGUUGUACAAUAUUCAAAGUCAAGACUUGUUUACACUUUAACUGUGGCUAUUAACGUUGCCUCAAGGAAAAAGUAAACAUUCAUGGGUUUCAUUAAGAAAUUAGUUUAUCUUUGAUCUGUUGUGUUUGUGCUUUAUUCAGUCUUUGUGCUUAGAGAGUUUCAUCGCAUGACACCAGAGCGCUAAUGUUUACAAAGACUUGUCCUGUUGUUCUCUGACAAUGUGAAGCUCUGAUUUCUCACCGUACUUAUAUUUUGUUUCCUUUUAUUGAGCAAAUGUGUUUACGUAAUUCAAGUUGUUUUACGAUCUUUGUUAGCCGUUCUUUAGAUGUUCUUUGACUCCCACUGCUUUAGUGCUCUCAGAGAGAAGGUAGAGUCUGAUGAAUCUGCAGAAACUCUGUCCAGAGGCAGUGAACUCCUUCUGUCACAGGCCCAGAUCCAUAUUUGGCUUUAUCUUUUUUUAAUUUCUUUUUCAUAAGUGAUGACAUUUCUCCCUCAGAAGACAAAGCAGUGUUUAAUCUACUGCCAAAUUCAUCAGAAAUGAAAUGAGGCCAUUAAGUUUGAUUACAUAACACACAUAAAUACCAGAAUACCUCUACAGAAAGCCAGUCAAGCCAAAAGGAAAUAAUAUACAUUAAACAUAUUUGUUAUGAAACAUAUAUGAAUUACUAACUUAAAUAUCUGAUUUGUUUUCUUUACAAGAAAACCCUUUAAAUUCUACUUUUGAUGUGUUAGUGAUUUGUUAUUAUUUUAUUAUUUUCCUUUGAAAAACAAUCACAAGGUAAUCAUUAUUCAUAGAAAAUGGAUUAGGAAAAGUACAUAAUUUGGCAUGGCAGGCAUGUUAAGUCAGCAUCAGCAUGCAGCUCAUGUACCACGAGUGUGAUUGCAAAUACAUGUUAGAAGAGCUGGAGAACUGAAAAUGUUAAGUGAUGUUGGGACCGUAUGUUGUGUUCACUUUUCAAACAUUUUAUGUAAUACUAAUGUAUACUAAUUAGUAUCAGUUAGAGUAGGAUUAAAUGGCUUUUGGCUGUUCUACUAAGAUUAUAUUAUUAUAACAAGCUAUUCUCUUUUUUUCCCCUGAGGCCUAUUACCUCUGUGAGAUUUCCUCCACUGGGAAAUAAAAAAAACUACUACCCUUAGUAGUAAACAAAUAAUCAAUAAAUAUGAAAUGAGCACAGUAAUGACACUUAUGCAAUCGUAAGACAUUAAAUUAUUAAGAGAUAUAUUUUGCAGUCAGAAAGAUGUCUUUCCAACAACACAAUUAUUUAUUUUCUCUCUGGAAAUGGCUUUAAUUAUCCCUUCGUUCUGAAUUUUCUUUGAGGCUGAAUCCUAAUUAUGUACAUAAGCCCCAUAUAAAGAAUAUUCAGUGCCAAAAUGUGUUCAGUUUUGAACUUGGCCUCUUUAGACACUUUAGACAAUGUGCAUGUUUGUGCCAAAAUGGCAGAACAUUUGGUAGUCUUAUCUUCAUUUCACCAGAUAAGUGCAUCAGCCGUGUGCUUCAUUUGUUUCUUCAGAUGUUAUUUAGAGAUAACAGCCACCUCUAGCAUGUUGCAUCUCUGGUUUCUAUUCAUCCUGUUCCUAUAAGACACACACUGUAUGGGUUAUUCUUGCCACUAGUCCUGUUUUAUCCCAGGUUGUUUACAUACCUCUCUUGGUCUCUGACUUGCAUGCUGAAUAAUUUCCAAACCAGGUGUUGGACAUGAUAUUGUCGUCAUACUGUGGUUUGUGAAAUGCUUUGUAAUGGAUUGCCUUAACUGAAGAUUAAUAAAAUAUUGACAACUUUGGCAGAAUGCAA